GUAGUAAGGAUAAUAUAGAAAAAAAAAUUAGUGUCCUCUACUCAAGAGCUUUUUAAGGACAAACUUUUGUUACAUAUACAAUCUAACUAAAGAAUCUGCUAGAUAUUUAGUAUUAGUUCGAUUUCUCAAACAUUUCUAAUGCAUAGCAACAAAUGAUAAUUGUAAAGUUUCAUUAACUAAACCUUAUUUAAGAGUAACAGGAAAACUAUUGUAUUUAAUUAUCAGCAGCUAUUAUAUUAUUUUAUUACUCAGUUUUACGACUGUUUGACUGAUAAGGACUGACGCUACACUAUUUUGGAGAUCGGGAAGUUUGAGGUCAUAGUGUCAUUGCUCACUGUCUUUGCUUACUGAUGAGAAAUUAUAAUAAUACGAGCGGACAAAUUGAGAUUCGAAUAUAAAAAGCCGCGUGUGACUCGUAUGAAUUUAGUAUAAAGCAAACAAUCGCGAUCGUAAGUCUCAGAACCGUUUCUGAUAUAGACUAGCAACCGAAAUGGGGCGUCAUAGUUUCAAGACAGUUAGCAUCGACGAGUUUCUGGAGUUGACAUUGCGGCCGGACUUAUUGAAUCUCAUCAAGAAGGAGCACCACAAACUUAUGAAGGUGAAACUACCAGGUACUAUUGCUAAUUUUUCAAGACCCGAAAAUUCAUCAAAGAAUCGAUCUACACUUUUUCCAUGCUGGGAUGAGUCUCGAGUGAUUUUAAAAUCUCCCAGUAAAGGAAUCCCAUAUGAUAAUGACAUAACAUCAACUUACAUACAUGCCAACUUUGUGGAUGGAUUUAAGGAUAAAAAUAAAUUCAUCUGCUCCCAAAGUCCAAUGGAAAACACGUGUGAAGACUUCUGGAGGAUGAUUUUACAGGAAAAUUGUCAUAUCAUUGUGUCAUUAACGAAAGUAGACAACGCAGUAUAUUGCUAUGAAUAUUGGGCCAAUGAAAAAUAUCGUGAAAAAGUAUUCGGAAAAUAUGUCAUAAAAACCCUUGAAAUUAUUGAAGAGGAAGUCUUCACCAGAUCGCGAUUACUACUCACGGAUACAAACAAUGAUAUCUCACAGGAGAUCCAUCACUUUUGGUACACUAAUUUUCCUCUCCAUUACGGUUGGCCUAUCAUGUCGCCGGAAUUGUUGAAUCUAAUAUUCCAUGUGGACCAGAAACGAGAAGAAUUGAUGAACACAACAGGAUCUGGACCAAUAGUGAUUCACUGCUCUAAAAUAGUGAGCUGGACGGGAAUAUUCUGUACUAUAUAUAAUGCGUUAUCACAAGUGCGAGAAGAAAAAACAGUGUCGCUCCCGCAGACAGUGCUAAAUAUUCGGAAGAAAAGACAUUCAAGUAUCAUGAAUUGGGUAGAGUAUGAAAUUUGUUACCGUGUAUUAUGUGAGGCUAUUCUAAAUUUAAAAACUUUUAUGUAUUGUAAUUUGGAGAUAUUCUCUGCAUUCCAAGACAAGGUUGCAGCUAUAAACUUUUAUUUUGGAAAAUCUCACAACAAACAUUCAUUUAAUAAUAAGUAGAUGUUAUUCAUA